CACAAAUAAAGAAAACAAUCCGUGAAGAUACCAAGAAAACAGACAAACCAGGUGGAUACACUUGCCCAAAUAUAAAAAAUAAAUAUUGAGACACAACAAACCAAUGUCAAACUACCUUCUAUAGUUUGAGAGCUUCUCUAUACACAACAUAAAGGAGAUGUAUUUUCAUAAGCCUUUGAUUUAUCGGAAGUUCAAUCUUUUCAUGAAUCGAUUAAGUAUCUUUUUAAUGUUAGCAGUGCUUACUUUGAAUGUGAGAGCUGAUCAUGAAGAUUUGCCAUCUUCAGAAGAUGCUGUUAGCAGUUUCCAGCCAAGCCUUGCUGUUGUUAUCGGUGUCCUUUCUAUCAUGUUUUCACUAACUUUUCUUCUACUCCUCUAUGCCAAGUUCUGUCAUAGGACAUCUUCUCCUGUUCAUAACAGCACCAACCUUCAUAUUCAGGAUGGACUUGUUCGAUCAGUGUCUCGUUCCUCAGGUAUCGAUAAAACUGUGGUGGAAUCGCUCCCUUUUUUCAGAUUCUCUCUACUGAAAGGGUCCAAACAAGGGCUUGAAUGUGCUGUUUGCUUAUCAAAAUUUGAAGAUAUUGAAAUUCUUAGAUUGCUUCCUAUGUGUAAACAUGCCUUUCAUAUUGACUGUAUUGAUCAGUGGUUGGAAAAACAUUCAACCUGCCCUCUUUGCAGGCAUAAGAUCAGUUCUGAAGACCUUUCAUUACUUACAUAUUCAGAUAGUUUGAGAUUCUUAUGGAAUCAGUCAAGAGAGGAAUCAAAUUUGGAACUUUAUAUUCAAAGAGAGGGAAAUGGAUCCUCAAGAUUUAGUAUCGGGAGUAGCUUUAGGAAAUCCGAAAAGGGUAAGAAGGAAGAAGAAUUGCCAAUACAAGAAAACAAUGAGAAAGCACUACACAGGUUCAAUCAUAAGAUCAUAAUCUCAGAUGUUGUCUUCAAGAAUCGAUGGAGCAACGUAAGUUCUUCUGACCUGAUAUUCUUGAAUUCGGAAAUGCUUAAUGGCAUGAAAAGCAACAGAUUCUCAUCAAUGGACAGAAACUCUGAGCAAUCCACGGCGAGAAGAGUGAUAGAAGAAGGUCAAAGGAUGAAUAUCAAGGAUGAAAUGGAAAGGAAAAGAUUGUUCGAGAGUAAAUUCAAGCAAAAUAGUCUUGUUGCAGCCCCUGUAUCAGCAAGUACAUCAAAAGUAGUAAAUCAAAAUGAGAAAAGAUCCAUGUCAGAAAUUAUAGUGCAUCCAAGAUUCUUAGAUUUCAACAACAGGAAUAGAGAGCUUUCAGUUCCACAAAACAAUGUGAAAGAGGAAAGGAGGAGGAAGCUUUGGCUUCCAAUUGUAAGGAGAACAGUCAAGUGGUUUGCUAAUAGGGAAAGAAACUCAGUACAGACACAAAAUACAACACAAACACUAAAUGUAUAGACUUUGCCUUCUUAUUGUGGCAUCCUAAUUCUCUUCACUUCUGGUGCAUCAUGGAAGUAAAAUUUG